UCUCUUCUCAUUUUUAGAUUAAAUAAAAAUGGAACAUUUUGAGAUAGUUCUGUUACUUUCUAUGUCUAUGUGGCUCUGUGCGUUUUCUGUCGAUUUUCUGAAAUUUUCAAAAUUGAAUAAGGACGUUACUGCUGACGUCGUUAUAACGUUUCAAUGCGGGAACAUAGGUACAUGCUUAGCAAAGUGUAAGAGGUUUGACGUCAAUUAUGAUGCGGUCAGAUACGUGAAUGGACUUUGUUCGUUGUAUAGAGACGUCGUUGUCUUGGGAACGGAUUAUACUGGCUCUGGAGAAACUUAUUUGCGACAACCGGUAAGAACUCAAUUUGGAUCAUCAAUGUAUUUGUCAUUUUCCGCUGAAAGAUCUUGGCAGGAUGCACAAAACACGUGCGAGCUCAUGGGCGGCCAUCUUGUAACCAUAACAACGCAGGAAGAAAACAACUUUGUCCUUGGCCUACGAGUUGACCCUUUAUCAGACACGUGGGUAGGCGCAAAUGACCUUUCGGUAGAGGGCAAUUUCACCUGGAUUACAGGAGAGGAGUGGACGUACAGUAAGUUUACCAAUGCGGACGGCUGGAAUGGAUCUCAUGAUGACACUGAUUGUAUGCUUAUUAAACGCGAUCAGUUUGAAAGUCCCCUCUUCUCAAACAAAUUCGAUGACGCUUAUUGCAGCCGUUUGGUGAAGUUUGUCUGCGAAAUGUCUCUAUAAUGCUUUUACAUCGAAAUUUAUGCCUGUGUUACAUAGCAUAGACAUAUAUUUUUUCCUGUAUAACACUCAUAGAAUAUACAAGGGGAAUAACGAAUACAUGAAUACAAUAGUUCAUAAAUAGCAUUUUUAAGGACUAUUUUAUUCCGAAAAAUGUCACACACUUUGUUUAAAUAACGCCAAAUCAAUGUUUAAUACACUUGUGUCGAAUAAUCGAGAUAUUGUGCAUGUAAUCAUCGAAAUAGCUUAUCUUAUUUUUUACCAAAGUCCGCAUAAAGCGCAGUUUUUCUCGCUUGUUUACAUUAUGCAGACGACGAAUAUGGAAUGUACAAAGGUGAUGACGAUCCUGACUCUUAAGUUGUGUAAAUACCAACUAUACACCAAUGUUUUCUUUUUUAAAAACUAUUUGAGCUUUGGUAAACUUAUGUUAUGUUAAACUAUAACUUAAACUAUAUUUUCUCACACUUCGCAAAUUCAUAUGUGCACAUU